UGGUCUUCUAGUAUUCUAAUUCUAUGGUCCAGAGCCACCGAAAAUGUCCGUCUGUGUUGCGGCUCGAUCGGGACGGGGGAUUUCGCCAGGAAAUAAUAAACAUUUAACCCCUGAAGAAGACAGACACAAGCCACAUAUUCUGACAACCUAGAGUACUAUCCCCUAGGAAGGAGUGUCGAGUUGGUGUGUUGGAGCGACACCAACAAAAAAACGGGAGUUUACAGUAACAGUUCUUCCGCUGUGAUGUCGGGUCCUGGGUCUCGGAGGACCGGGUCCAGCAUCAAAAUCCGCCUGACAGUCUUAUGUGCCAAGAACCUUGCAAAGAAAGACUUCUUCCGGUUGCCGGACCCAUUUGCAAAGGUAGUGGUGGAUGGAUCAGGACAGUGUCAUUCUACAGACACAGUGAAGAGCACUCUGGACCCCAAAUGGAACCAACACUAUGACCUGUACAUAGGGAAGACGGACUCCAUCACCAUCAGUGUGUGGAACCAUAAGAAGAUCCACAAGCGGCAGGGCGCCGGGUUCCUGGGCUGCAUACGACUGCUGGCUAACUCCAUCAGCAGACUGAAAGACACGGGCUACCAGCGGUUGGAUCUGUGUAAGCUGAAUCCAUCAGAUAGUGAUGCAGUACGGGGACAGAUCGUAGUGAGCCUCCAGACCAGAGAUGGUUUGGGCAGCGGAGGACCCGUGGUCGACUGUAGAGGACUGUUAGAGAAUGAGGGGCCUGUGUUUGAGAGCUGUUUCAGUGAGGAGCCGCUGCCAUACUCAGACCCCACGGGCGCCGCUGGGGGCGGGACCUGUCCACCGGAUUCACCCAACCAGGAGAACCGGCUCCAGGCUCAGCGAAUCAGAAGCCAGGAUUCCCAAAGACACACCCACACCCCUCAGAACCGACCACAUGGCAACCAAUCACCUGAUCUGCCUGAGGGAUACGGUGAGAGAGACGGAGAGACGCAUCCUACCCUGCAGGGACAGGUGUAUUUUCUUCACACACAGACGGGAGUCAGCACCUGGCAUGACCCACGCAUACCCAGGGACCUGGCCAGUGUGAGCUAUGAGGAGUUGGGUCCGCUGCCGGCCGGCUGGGAGGUGAGGAGCACGGUGUCGGGACGGAUCUACUUUGUGGAUCACAACAACCGAACAACGCAGUUCACUGACCCCGGCUACACACCAUCAUCAGGUACACUUGUACACACACACCAACACUCCCAGGUGAAGGAUUCGUCUCAGCCACUGGGUGGGGGAGGCGGGAGAGAGAUGGAGGUGGGGGGGGAGGAGGGAGGAGAAGGGGAGGUGACACUGCGUUAUGAGAGAGACCUGGUCCACAAACUGAAGCUGCUCCGACACGAGCUGUCACUACAGCAACCACAGGCCGGACACUGUCGCAUAGAGGUCUCACGAGACGAGAUCUUUGAGGAGUCUUAUCGUCAGAUCAUGAAGAUGAGACCCAAGGAUCUGAAGAAACGACUGAUGGUGAAGUUUAGAGGAGAGGAAGGACUGGACUACGGAGGAGUGGCAAGGGAGUGGCUGUACCUGCUGUGCCAUGAGAUGUUGAACCCGUUCCACGGCCUGUUCCAGUACUCAACAGACAACAUUUACACACUACAGAUCAACCCUGACUCCUCUAUCAACCCUGACCACCUGUCGUAUUUCCACUUUGUGGGUCGUGUGAUGGGCCUGGCAGUGUUCCAUAGUCACUAUAUCAACGGAGGCUUCACCCUGCCCUUCUACAAGCAGCUGCUGGGGAAACCUAUUAUGCUACAAGACCUGGAGACCACUGAUCCUGAACUUCACAAGAGUCUGGUCUGGAUACUGGAGAAUGACAUCUCGUCGGUUCUAGAUCAUACGUUCUGCGUGGAACACAGUGCCUUCGGGAAGUUCCUUCAACAUGAGCUGAAACCCAACGGUCAGAACCUCCCGGUAACCGAGGACAACAAGAAGGAGUACGUGAAGCUUUAUGUCACCUGGAGGUUUAUGAGGGGGAUCGAGGCUCAGUUCUUAGCUCUGCAGAAAGGAUUCAGCCAACUGAUUCCUCAACACCUCCUCAAACCAUUUGACCACAAGGAGCUGGAG